AUGCAUGCAGGGGCACACACGAUAGGGCUAGCCCAGUGCUUCUUGUUCCGGGGCAGAAUCUACAGCAACGGCACUGACAUCGACCCCAACUUUGCAACCACAAGGAGACGCACGUGCCCUCAGUCAGGAGGGGACACGAACCUUGCCCCGCUCGACCUCCGGCGGGGGCUACUACAGUCGGAUCAGGUGCUUUUCACAAGUGGGUUAACCAACGCCCUCGUCAACAUUUACAGCAACGAUAGUCGGCGCUUUGCGGCCGACUUUGCGAGCGCCAUGUUCAGGAUGUCUGAGAUUUUGCCGUUGGUGGGGACAAGUGGGGUCAUAAAGAGGGUUUGCAACGCCCUCAGCUUAAAUAGAAACAAAUAUAAGUAA